CACGCCACACUGCAACUUUUCAACUUGUCAUCAUCAACAAUUUUAUUCUUUUCCAACUUCACCACUCAGAAUCUAUUAUUUGCAGCAUUACGACUAAUUAAACAUGGACUCUUCUAAGCAGACUAAGGAUGGCGAGAAGCAAUUCUCCAUUCAACCUGUCCAGGAACCAAAGGGCGUCGACCCCAAGUUCGCCCCUCACCAAGCUCAUCCCGGCCCUGCCAUUGCCCAAAACCUGCCUGCCCAGGAGGGCACCAAGGAAGACCGUCAGGCCAGAAAGGAGGCUCUUAACAAGUAAAGAGAGCAGCACCAAAGGAGGGGUCACGCCACCACAGAGAGUUGAAGCAGCGCUGGAGAUGACGCCAUGAUAAUGAUUUACUACAUCUACUAUGAAAGACCAACUGCAGAAUCACCAGGAAACCAGACUUUGUAGCUUCAUAGACUUUAUUUUACCACGUUAAUAUAUUUCUUCGUACUUACGCAUUUCUUCGCCUCAUUGGCGUCCCUAGUCCGUGCAUGCAUGCCCCUCUCCCCCGCUAUCCGCCCAGAGCGAGUGCACUGCUCCAGCGAUCAGACCCACUGUAUUUUCCCAAAGCUUCCGACAAGCUUCAACAACCAUUCACGGUCAACUUUGCAUCUGCAAGCUGUUUGCCAAUUUGCGCCGAAUGGCGACUAGCACUGCUCCUCAGCCCGUGAAGCUUUCGCUUCCUCUGGAAUAUCAGCAGACGCUGUUCCAGGAGCUUAGGUCUGAGGAUGAAGUCGUCAUCCUUGCUCGUGGCCUGGGCCUCAUGCGCCUCGUGACGAAUCUACUGCAUUCCUAUGAUGCGGCGGGUAAUAAUCUCAUAGUCAUUGUCGGUGCAGAAGAUCGCGAAAACGGUUGGAUUGGAGAGUCAUUGGCUGAACACGCUGCCAUCAGCGCAGCACCAAAGGCACGUGGCCUAACCGUGGUUAACACAGAUACCCAGAAUGUCGGAGCCAGAGAAAAGAUGUAUGCCGGAGGCGGUAUAUUCAGCAUUACGUCUAGAAUCCUCGUUGUCGACUUGCUAACCAGUCUCUUGGAUCCGGCGACAAUCACUGGCCUGGUUGUCUUGCACGCUGACAGAAUCGUGGCAACAUCAUUAGAGGCCUUCAUUCUUCGGGUGUACAGACAAAAGAACAAAACGGGCUUCCUGAAAGCAUUCUCUGACAAUCCAGAUCCGUUCACAAUAGGCUUUUCGCCUCUAUCAACUAUGAUGCGAAAUCUAUUUCUCAAAAAGGCUUCACUAUGGCCACGAUUCCAUGUAUCAGUUGCGUCAUCGCUCGAAGGCAAGAAAAAGGCCGAGGUCAUCGAGCUCGAAGUCCCAAUGACGGAGUACAUGACAGAUAUUCAGAAUGCCAUCAUGGAGUGUGUAGAAGUCAGCAUUCAUGAACUCAAAAAGGGCAACUCUGGUUUGGAGAUGGAUGACUGGAACCUGGACAGCGCCUUGAUGAAAAACUUUGACACCAUGGUCCGUCGCCAGCUGGAGCCGAAUUGGCAUCGAAUAAGCUGGAAGACGCGGCAAAUCGUCAAUGACUUGACGGUACUGAGGUCAUUACUGAACAAUGUCCUUACUUAUGACGCUGUCUCAUUCCUUCAGUUGCUUGACACCAUUCACGCCGCCCACUCUCCCCCGCCUGGUUCGACUAGACAAACCCAAUCGCCAUGGCUCUUCCUUGACGCCGCUCAGGCCAUCUUCGACACUGCUAGACGGCGAGUCUACUCUGCCAGCCCAAAGUCAAUUUCACAAAAUGAAAACAUCGAUGCGCUUCGUCCAGUGUUAGAAGAGUUGCCCAAGUGGAAGAUUCUGGCUGAAGUCCUGGAAGAAAUCGAUCGCGACCUCUACUUUGCCCCUCCUUCGAGAGACGACUCCAACGGCUCUAUUCUCAUCAUGUGCUCCAACGUCGACACCUGUCGUCAAAUCAGAGACUAUGUGCAAAUAAUGCACGUCAAGCCGAAAAAGGAAGACGAGAAUGCCGAGGUCGACCCCGAAGAGGCUCACAAGCCAUCUGCCAUCUUCAUGAUGCGCCGCCGGCUACGCAACUACCUAAAGUGGAAGAGGCAAUUUGCCCAAGUCAACUCGAAUCUGUUCGCAGAGAAUCAAAAGGCAAUCAAUAGCGCAACAGAUGCGCGCCUAGCACAAAAUUCACGAGGUGGCAAAGCACCCAGCAAUAAACGAAGACGCGUGCGAGGAGGAGGUAAUGCCGGGAUGGCAAUGGGACGUACAGAGACUGGCAGCAUUGCUCAGUUUUUCGAGAAACCAUCUGAAGUGGCUGAUCUUAUGGCUGAGAUCCAAAUCACCGAGGAAGAAGCCAGACAGAAAGAAGAUAUCAUUGGUGACCCUCUCGACGAUAUGGAAGACUAUUUCCAGUUGUACGAGAUGCAAGACCUGGUCGUUGUGCAUGCUUACGACGGCGACCAAGACGAGCACGUCUUGGAAGAGGUCAAGCCUCGAUAUAUCAUCAUGUAUGAACCAGACGCCGCGUUCAUUCGCCGGGUAGAAGUGUACCGCUCUUCACACAACGAUCGCAACGUCAAGGUCUUUUUUCUGUACUAUGGCGGUUCCGUCGAAGAGCAGCGAUACUUGUCGUCAGUUCGCCGAGAAAAGGACGCCUUUACCAAACUAAUCAAGGAGCGUGCAAGCAUGUCCAUCGUCAUGACGGUCGAUCCCCAUGGAAUCGAGGAUCCAGAGGAGGCAUUCCUGCGCACAGUCAAUACUCGCAUCGCUGGAGGUGGCCGCCUCGCUGCAACGGCGCAACCUCCUCGGGUUGUAGUUGAUGUGCGAGAAUUUCGGUCUUCGCUUCCCUCGCUGCUUCACGGAAGAUCCAUCGUCAUCGUGCCAUGCAUGCUUACCGUUGGCGAUUACAUCCUCACCCCAAACAUCUGCGUGGAACGCAAGUCCAUCAACGAUUUGAUCUCAUCCUUCAAGGACGGUCGCCUGUUCAGCCAGGCAGAAACAAUGUUCCAGCACUACAAGAACCCCAUGCUCCUGAUAGAAUUCGACCAAAACAAGUCCUUCACACUGGAGCCGUUUGCGGACCUCUCAGGAAACCUCAGUAGCAUCUCCGCGUCCAAUGUAUCCUCCGACUUACAGUCCAAGCUCGUGCUCUUGACUCUCGCGUUUCCCAAGCUCCGCAUCAUCUGGUCCUCGUCGCCGUAUCAGACUGCCGAAAUCUUUGAGGCGCUCAAGACACAUGAAGACGAGCCGGAUCCCAUCGCUGCCGUCCAGGCCGGCCUAGACAAGGACAUGAAGGUCGAGGACCAGGCUUUCAACCGAGAGCCGCAGGAUAUGUUGGCGAUUGCACCGGGUGUGACACCGCAGAAUAUCAAAAACAUUGUCCUCGAAACAGAAAAUAUCCGAGAAGUGGCCAACAUGACAACUGAAGAGCUGGAUCCGCUGGUGGGCAAAAUAUCUGCGCGAGCCAUCCACGGCUUCUUCAACCGCAACGUGAUGGACGAGGACGACUGAUAAACGAGUUACAUGAUAAGCAAUGGGUUGGCGUUUUUAUAACGGAGUUUUUGUCUUGAUUAUGGGAUGGUAUAUACAAUGUAUUUCGUUAAAUAUAGCUGAAUACGAAAAGUUAUUAAAAGAGAUGAAUGUGUGCUGUCGCGCAUCUCCCCUUGUGGCACUCGCUCACGCCACAAAUCGAGUAUAAUACACAAAGAGCUUCUUCGCUUUAGCUCUUCUAUAAAAUAAAAAUAAAUAAUCCGCCGUAGAGUGCUAAGGUAACCCGCUUAAUAUGUUUAGUUUAUCUCCAGAACCAGCCACUGCUAGUCUUCUUAGCAGGCAAGGCCUUUUGCAUGGCCACGCGUCUGAGCAUCUCACGAUGACGAGAGUCCAGCAAGCCAAGGGCGCCUUCAUCUCUAUAGUGCGAGUAGCCUCUCUGCAGACCGACACGGUCAUCACGCUGCAUCUUGACGCGCUGCACCUUGCGCAGCUUGACCAGGCCGUACCAGCACACAAUCAGCGAGAAGACAGUCGACAUGGCUGUGACAGCGCCAAAGCCCCAGUUGGACUCCUCAAUGAAGUUGUUCAAGUUCAUACCGUACAAGCCCGCGAGGAAAGUCCCCAUUGCAAGGCCCAAGGUACCAACACUAAACUUCAAAUCCAGAAGCAUCAGCGAGUUACGGUUCGCGUCUAGAAUAGCUCGCGAGAUCUCCUCGGUGUUACGGAUGCCUGAGACCAAGUUCCCUGCCUCUUGGACGAUUUCGUCCGUCAGCUUAUGGUACGACUCGAGCAGCAUCUCGACUUCCGUAUGGUCGUCGGUGCCGCGGUACAGAUCGUGUGUCUUUUCAGUAAGGUACAUUUCAGCAAGAUCGUCGUCCGCCUCGAGCAACUCCUCAAUGGCAUCGCGCACUAGCUUGGCCUUUUGCUCAAACGUGCUGACGCGCUUCGACAAGAUCAGAAGCAUGCGGAGCUUGUGGCGGUCGAUAUCGUCUUCGAGUUCGCUAAGGAUAUGCAUGACAGGGUCGCGGACCGCCUCAAAGUCUGCUUCGAGCUCCGACGUGACGGAUGUAAGCACGGCUUCGAGGGCGCGGAACUCGUACGGCAGGCCGGGCGAUCCGGGAGAGCUCUUUUGCUGAAGCUUGCCCUGGAGGUCGUACAUGAAUGCCGACUGCGGGUAUGAUGUCUUGGAGCCGUAGACGUCGAAGAGCAGCACGCGGUCUCGCUUGAUGAGGACUUUGAGAUGCAGCAGGUUGAGGAGAAUGGCGGACGGGCGGACGAGGAUAUGUGGGAGGUUGGAGGAAUCAAUCUUGCGUAAAUCUCGGGGGAGCAGACCGUACUGUAUUUUACAUUAGAAACAGAGUAAGAGGGAUAUAGGGAUGGGCCAUACCUUUGCAAUCAGCUCCGUCUUCUUAAACUCGCCAUCGACUAGAAUAACUUCUCCAUUCUCGUCGACUUCUGUGCAGCGUAGUCUCGGCUCAGCAGCCGCCUUGGCCGUCAUGAUACGGCGCGCAGUAAACAUGGACGAGCCCUGCUCAAAGUCCUCCUGGCCAGGCAGAUCCUCCGGCUUGAGGGGUUUGUCGCCCCUGCGCGCCGCAAUGCCCCAGAGCCUCUCCUGCCACGAGGGCGGCGGCUGUGGUGAUUCCUUGCAGCGGUCUUGGACCCAUUUGUUCCCGGCCAACUUGGAUGUGCUAAAGUAUGCGGCGUUUGUCUUUGCUGUGUAGAUUCGCGAUGUCGAGCACGCCGUGGGGAGGCAGGUCCGGGGGGUGGCAGCAAACGGGCUCGCCUUUGUUCCGGUCCUCGCAGACGUCGUAAUAUUUCGUGAAUGUUUGCAUCGGCCUGUAGUCGCACCUAACACUGGCGACACGGGGAAGGCAUUGUCGCUUUGUGAUCGCAAGAAGCGCAGCAGCGUCCUCGACGGGACAGGCGGGCGAAUUGCACACAUCGCUUGCUUGCUUUGGCCCGCGCACUAAAGACAAACCGCACACACGCGGUGAUGCAGAGUCUUUGAAUGCAGCCGCUCUAUAAUUAUGCAGGCGAGCGCUGCUGCAAGAUUCUGGUCGGCCCAGCAAAAAAGCAGAGUUCGUAAUUGUGAUGCUAACUCCUUUGUUUGCG